GGUCGCUGUAGUUGGUUUUCUAUACCCUUCCGGGUAAAAGGUUACUCGUUUCCUCCCGUUUCUAGCGGCAAGGCCAUGCGAGUGCGCUUUUGAAACGGAUGCUUAUAGAAUUAAACAUUGUUUUGGUGUUAAAAACCUGAUUUACCUCUGGAAAUAUGAGUUUGCCACUGAAUCCAAAGCCGUUUCUCAACGGUCUGACAGGGAAACCAGUGAUGGUGAAGCUGAAGUGGGGGAUGGAGUACAAGGGCUACUUGGUAUCUGUGGACGGAUACAUGAACAUGCAGUUGGCCAACACAGAGGAGUACGUGGAUGGAGCUUUGGCCGGUCACCUCGGGGAGGUGUUAAUAAGGUGUAACAAUGUUUUGUAUAUACGAGGCGUGGAAGAAGAGGAAGAGGACGGAGAGAUGCGAGAAUAGUUCUGGGUUAUGGAUUUGUGGUUGAAAAUGUAUGGUUUAUUUCAUCUUAGUUGUUUGUGAAUUUCAUUUCUGUUUCUUUCCUAUUUUCAAUUUGUUUUUUUUUUGCUAAUUCAUGUACUGUUUUUUUUUUUUUACACACUAUAAAAAGCAUAAUUCGUGGAUCCAAAACGGUGAUAAUAAAGUUAUGCAUUUUGUA